AUGGCCUCUUUCACUGGGCGUCUCCUUCGUUCUCCUAUCCUUCCUACAGCGGUCAUAGGAUCAACAAUGUAUUACACUUCAACUUCAUUAGCUGCUGAUGAAGGUAGACCCGAAGGAUCCAUAAGACCCGGAAGGAAUGUCUCAGGGGAAAAGCUCCCAAUUUACCAAACAUCAGAAUCUAAUCCAAUCAUCACUUUAGUAGAAAAACCUAAUCCGCUCGUACCCUACAUCGCUCAAGGAAGAGAGACCGUUACUAGCGUUCUGGCUGAUGCGAGAGGUUAUUUACAAUCUGGUGUUAGUAGCUGGAUAGGAUUCGAGAGGAGAGUCGAGAAAGAGGUAAAAUCCAUUUUACCAGUUGACGAAUCGCUCAAUCCCGGAUUAAUCUACAUCUUGAUUUCAGGAUUAUCUGGAUCAGUGUUAACUAGAACAAGAUCAUUACCGAUCAGAUUUAUUUCACCACCUUUAUUCACAUUACUUUCAUUCCCUUACUUCUUACCUAAAACAUCUCAUAACAUUCGAAAAUAUCUAUCAGAUUUAGAAGAUAAGCAUUUUCCCGAAUUAGCGGCUAGACACGACAGGAUAGUUUCAACUGGUAUAGCUCAUACUCAGAUGACUAUUGACCGAGUCAAAGAUGCAACUGAAGACGUAAGAGGUUGGAGCCGAAAAUCAAUUGAUCAAAUCGAAAAAUCAACUGGUCUUCAAGUAGGUCACGCGAUUGGAAAAUCACAAGUUGAAAAAGAAUUAGAAAUCUCAAAACAACGACCAACUCAAACUUAUGAAAGAAUAGGUUAUGUCGUCGAACAGAAACCAGUGGCAGAAGUCGUAGUACCCGUAACCAAAGAAGAGAAUAAAAAGUUGGUUUAA